AUGGGACGCCCUCCGAAUCUCUACUCCUUCGGCGACGUCGACAAGGAACUCGCUCCCAACCUCCGCAAAUACAUCCUCGAGGCACAGAACGAGGCCCUCAGUCGCCAAAAUGGCGUCUUCCGCAUAGCAGUCUCCGGCGGCUCCCUCCCAAAAACACUCGCCAAAGCCCUCUUGGCACCCUCCAAUGGCAACUCCGACGACAAACUCGACUUCUCCAAAUGGGAAAUCUUCUACGCCGACGAGCGUGUCGUGCCUCUCGAUCACGAGGACUCCAACCACAGACUCGUGAAGCAGGACCUCCUCGACCAAAUCCCCUCCGAACUCGGCCAACCCAAAGUCUUCCCCAUCGAUGAGCAAUACCUCGACGAUGCGCAAGAAUGCGCAGAUCAAUACGAAAAGACUCUCGUGUCGAUUUUCGCUCAGCGCGAUUCUGUCAAACUCCCUCUCUUCGAUCUCAUCCUGCUAGGCUGUGGUCCCGAUGGACACACGUGUUCGCUGUUUCCUGAUCAUCCUCUUCUCCGGGAGAAGAAUGCAUGGAUUCUCUCGAUCACGGAUUCGCCGAAACCACCGCCAAAGCGCAUCACGCUCAGCUUGCCGGUUGUGGUUCACGCAUCGAAGAUUGGAUUCGUCGCGACAGGAGGUGGAAAGAAGGAUGUGAUUAAGAAGAUCUUUGAGACGGAGGAGGGCGCGUCUUUGCCUUGUGGGUUGGUCAACGCUCAGGCGGCGGAGCGGGUGAGCUGGUUCUGCGAUAAACCUGCGACUGAGGGAGUCAAUUUCCCGAGGCGCGGAAGUGUGAUUUGA